AUGGUCAACGACGAUGGUGCGGGGUCCUCUGCGGUGGUGCCAGAAGAGUUGCCUCCGCUCGCCUUCCCUUCCAUCGGUUGUCUUGAACUGCGACGCAUUGUUGACGUCCCCUUCUCCCUGCCUCCCCUUUCCCCUGCCGAAAGCGCGGAUCUGCAGGAGGAGCAGCACAAGCAGCAGACCCUAGACAAAGACAGCAAAGACAGAAGUGAUGGCGGCGAGCUAGUGGAGGCAUCCACUGCUGCUGAGGUGGCUGACGCCUCAAGAUGCAACUCCGCGCCGCAGCCUUCUCAGGAGGGCAGCGUCUCCUUGCUCUCUGGGCUUCUGCGGCGUUUGCUGGGGCCGCAGCAGCAGCAACAGCAGCAACGGGACAACUCAUUUUUUGUUGACCGCUUGGGCUUUGAGCUACCCAUAUGCGGGGUGCCAAACGCCCAACAAAUCUGUUCAUCCUGGGGAGCAGCAGGUAGGGUGCAGUCGGAGAGGGGUGACAAAUGCGUGUCUGUCAUAUCUUGGGAGGGACGGCAGGUAUUCUUCUGGCUGCUAUGGCCAAACUCAAGCUCCCCGAGGGCUGCUGCAGCUGCUUCUGCAGCAGCGAAACCAGACGCAACAGCAGAGCCACCAGCAGGUGGAGCAGGAGAGGGUGCAGCUGGUUUGUAUGUGUACACUGCAGAAGAGGCCGUCCUGUCUUGCAGUUUGGUGGAGAGGUUUUCAAUACUGGCCUUGACCUACGACACCAAACCGCCCCGCACAGAGCUCCUGCUGCUCCCUCAGAUGCACGCUCCCAUGCCUCCUAGCGGCAGCAAGAGCAAUAGGAAGGUUGAGCUGACGCCGCAGCCUUUAGUACCCCUGCGGCGGCUGUUGCUGCCUCGAGAUGACGUCGUGCUGCAGUGGGUAGGAGACUGUCCCUGGGGCGUUCUCUUUUUGUGCUUUUGCUUACAAACGAAAUUUGGAGCCCUCAUGUUGCUGCACUCGGAAGCAAUCGCGACCCAACAGAAGUUGGCUCUACAGCAGCAGCAGCAGCAGGAAGAAGGCGUAGGCGGGCAGCUUGUACCAGCAGCAGCCUCCGGCGACUGGCAAUCUGUUGCUUCCGUGAAGCUUUUGGCGCGUGACUUUUCUUCUGCGUGGCUGCCGACGACUCCUUUCCCUCCCUGUGCGGUAUCUGUACACCCGAGUUUACCCGUAGCGGUCGUUGUGGGGUUCUGCGCACAGGAGCGCUGCGCCUGGACUUGCUGGGUGCCACUGCAUGCAAUGAAAGUGGAAAGGGAAGCAGAAGGAGAAAGCGACAACUCUGAAGAGGAGGAGGAGGAGCUAGCAGCAAUUGAUGCAACAUGUGCUGCAGAAAGUCAGUCAAAACGGCUUCGAAAUGCAGGCAAGCUCGCUGCAGACGCACCACCCCCUGUUGUUGUUGUCCUGCCAUCCCUCGAUCUGUUGCGAUCUCUAGCAGCGAGACACGCCCUGGAAGCAAUGGAUGCUCAUUUCCAGCAACCGCAGCAGCAGGAAGAGGGGGAGCAGCAGCAUGGAGCUGCUCGUGUGCCGAUGUGGCGGUCGGCGGAUUCCCCUGAAUCAUUUUAUGGACCUGUCUUCUUUAAGCCUCGUGAAUUGGCAGAGGAAACAGACAGAUGGCUGCGGGAAAAGAACACAUUCACACGGGGACGCGUACAGUCAAAUACUGCUGCUGCAGCUUCUCAGCAGCACCACCACACGGAGGCCGCCGAAGCUGCAGCAAAGAGACGCCAACUGCUGUUGGCUCAUCUGCGUGACCGUCUCCAUGCAUUCCCAGAAGACAGCCAGCAACAGGAGCAGAAGCAACCACAGUUGCAGCACGUAACGAUUAGCAGCUGUGGCGGUCUGCUCGCGCUGUCUCUUUCCUCAGAUGAGCUCCUGCUGCUGAGGCUCACCCGUGAUGAACAGGCAUGCGACGGCAGCAACGAUGGGGCGGCCUAUUAUGAGCCUCUGGCCUUCCUCCCUGCCCCCUUUAUGUGGCACGUUCGAUCUCGAGCAGUCGUUACACCCGAGCUGCAAGUGACGCAUCACUCCUCUGCAGCUACGGUACCUCUGCGGCAACGUGCAGAUGAACAAAGUGCGCAGCUCCGCAACCGCACUCACUCGCAGCAGGAGCAGCAGCAGGAGCAGCAGCAGAUGUUUGGUGCGGAGUUGGAAUCGCUGGAGGAGGCAGUGGCACUACUGCAAGUUGACCGGUCUUCUCCCCCAAUGACCCUCAGUGCCUCUUUCUUUGCUGGAGAGGCCAGCGAGCUGCUAGUGCUGUUCUUCAGUGACCAGGCCCCGCUUGAAACCCAACAGCAGCAGCAGCAGCUACUGCAGCAGCAAGAGAAUGCAACGGCCGCAGCUUCAUUUGACAAGGAGAGUCCAGGGAAUUGGCUGUGCGUGGCAUUUGACCUGGACAGGAACAGCCUUUUGCUGUCGCCGGAGGAGGAGCAACAGCAACAGCACCACCAUCAGCAGCGCUCAGAACGUUCCCUCAGCACAGGCAGAAGCAGUGGCCCAUGCUGGGCAGUGGUAGACGGUUGUCGUGGCCCUCCGACGUUCCCUCUUGCUGUCCUCCAUCCUUUAGGGGAUGUCCAGCAUAUGGGAGACGGAGGCAGUGGGGAACUGCAGCAGCAAGAUGACACUUUGCUGCUCCUCAGCGUUGAGCGCGCUGGGUCUCACAGCAGCAGCAGCACCGGAAAGCACCACAAGCAGCAUCAGCGGGGGGGGUUCCGGUUGUCUCUAUCAUCUUUACAGUGUGGAGACGUUGUUUCCUUUGCUGCUGCAGCUGCUUCUCAGGGGCGUUGGGGGGAGGGGGAGGCGCUGCUGCAGCGGUCGCUGAGUCUGGCCCACAGCGCCCACGAAGCAGCAGCAGCGGCAGCAGUAGGAGGGGACGAAGUCAGGGGAGUUGUGUUGACCAGGUCACAGGAAGAGGUGCAGCGCCUGGAGGAGGCUCUGCGGCAGCUGCAGCAGCAAAGGUGGCAGCAGGUUGGCAGUGAGCCCACCGCCUCGGAGGACGAUUUCCAGGCCGCCUUCCGCUUCGUUGAAAGGGCAGCAGGAGAGGAGGGCAGCAGCACCUAUCAGUGGCUUAUGCAGCAGGCUCUGAUGUAUGAGCCCUUCGCAGCAACAACAGCAGCAGCGCGUUACUCAACUCCAGCCUCAGACACGUCAGCAGCUAUAGCAGGUGCCUGGACACCCCAUCCCCUCCCUCUGCGUCGCCUCCGCUUGCUGCUACAACGUGCGCUGCAGCUGCAGCAGCAGCAACAGAAGCAGCAACAGACGGAGAGCGACGCAACUUGUGCCGAAGGUGUUCUAUCUGAGAGGUUGAAGCGAUGCGACUUAUUGCUGGCCCUCUCAGACACAGCAGCUCGCCUCAGCGGUGUCGAGCGUUUGGAUCCAGAAACAGCAGUAGCAACAAUAACAACAUCGACGGCUGUCCGAGCAGAGACGGAAUUUACCCGUUCUUCCCUGAAGCAGAGGCAGAAGGAGAGACACAGGCAGAAGCAGCAGCAGGACCCCACAGUCGACGCUGAUGCUGCUGAGGUUUCGAAGGAGGUUGGUGGGAUGUUGUUGCAGCAGCUACGGAGGGCUCUGGCUGCCCUGCUGAAGAGCCCUUGUGAUGCAGAGACUGACGGCGAACAGCUCCCAUUCGUGCUGCAGUUGGCUCAAGUUUUUGCUGCCCACUCGCAGACACUAGCUGUGGAGUUGUUGCUGCAGCAGCACCCACACCAGCUGCAGCCCCAGUGGAGAUCCAUCCUCAGCGCAUUUCCUGAGGCAAUCCCGCCACAAAGAUUCCUUCACCUGCUGCCCCGCCAAAUCCCUACCUUUGAUAGCAACGGCUACGGCAGCGCUAGAAACAGCAGCAGCAGCAGCGUGCUGGAAGCGACGGCUGAAGAUAUUGCUGAGUGGACAGUAGAGCGCUGUCUGGCAGUAAUGAAGGGCCCAGGGCUUCUGCAGCACUGCGCACUGCCGCUUGCCACUGCUGUGCUGCUGAUGCUUCUGCGGCAAGCGCCUCCUGCAGACCUUGCUGCUGCCGCCGCCGCUGCCCUGCAGCAGCAGCAGCAGGCAAGGGAGGCGCUCACGAUGUCACGGCUCGAUCAGAAGCAGCUGCAGCAGAUCCAACAGCAGCACGAGCUUCUGUUACGACAGCAGAAGCAACAGCAACAGAGAGCUGCCGCUGCUGCUGCUGAAGCGAGUUUGUCAGCUGCUGUCCUGGCGGCAGGCCACACGCCACUGACCUCCACCCAAGCAGCAUCAGCACAACAGGCCAACAGCCACUCUCCACCAGCAGCAGCGGAAGAUGCUGCUGCUUCUGCUACCUCAACUAUGCCUGACGCGGCAGAACAAGUUGAGGUAAUGGGCGCACCGUGGGGCAUAGACAAGAAUUUGCUGCUGCAGCAGCAACACGCCCACAGCGAACUUCAGAAUGGAUACCCUGGUAUUCGCCGAUUGUGUGCGUUGCAUGGGUUGCUGCGGCAGUUCUUGCUGCUGCAAAUGCUGCAGCUGCGGUGCCGGGAGCUGCAGCAGCAGCAGGAGCAUCCUGUUGCUGCCAGCCCCCCAACGGUCUUCAGAAGGCCACCUCCUGCUGGGAAAAGGCUGCAGCAGGAGCUGCAGCAGAAGCGUGUGUUGCUUGAAAAUGCCACUGAAGACUUCUUCAGCUUUGUCAGGCUCACCGACAGUUCGCGGCUGCUGUUGCUGCUGCUGCACCUUGUUGCUGCGCAACAGCAGCAGGAACUAGGCUCAGGAACGUGUGCUACGGAGACUGAGGGAAACAACAGCAGAACACAAGCUUUCGCAGCUGCGGCAGUGGCGACCCUUGUUGAACCCUUUGCAACCCUCGAGUGCUUUGCCUCACCGGAAGGUCAAACACCAGAUGCUGCUGUUGCUGCAGGAGCUUCCGAUGCAUUUCCUGCUGCUGCACCUGUACCCAUAACGGCAGCACAGCCCCACGAAGACCUCACACCGUUGUUACGUGCAGUGGACAGUUGCUUUCGUCGAGGCUUGCUGCUCGAGUUGUCUUUGUGCCUGUCAGCAGAAGCAGCAGACCCCCUAACUGCCGCAGCAGCCCUGCGUGCGUCUCGCUGUUCUGCUGCUGCUGCUGUAGGGGCGGCCGCAGGAGCAGCAGAAGGCGAAACAGGACCAGCAAGAAGCACCGAGGAGGGGCUGGCAGCUGCAGCCACUGGAUUGACAGAGGCGACAGCUCUGCGGCUUCUGCGGUGGGUGCUGCUGCUGCUGGCAGCAAAGUGCAGCAGCCCUCAGCUGCCGCCUGAAUGCCGCCUCAUACCUGACGCAUCACUGCUACUGCGGCUGGCUCUUGUUGCAGCUUACAGAAAGGACAGCUGUCUUCCGGGUGCAAGGGUGGCUGUUUAUGUGAAGGCUGUCUUGCGCGAGGCACUGCAGCAACUGAAGCAGCAGCAGCAACAGCAGUUGGGUACUGCCUGGGCACCUGCUUUCCCAGCAGCAGCGGCGUCAGCGGCUGCUGAGGCUGUGGCUGCCGCUGCAGGUGUUCCUUCGCCCCCGGAGAAGGAGCUGCAGAGUGAUGUGUCGCUGCUCCUGCACCAGACAGAAGCCGUGGUUGCAGCGCAGGAGUUGCUGCCUGGGAGAGGGAAGGGUCCUGUCCUUCGGGCCACAUUCCUUGACUUAAGAGCUGCUGCUCUUAGUGAGAAAGCAGCAAAGCAGCUGCUGCUGCCCCUGCUGGAGGAAGCCAUUUGGCAACAACAGGCUGCCUGCUCCACAGGGAGCAGCAGGUCAGGGGAGAAGGCUGGUGCUGAGUGGAUGAAUAUGUUUAAUCGCACGGUGUAUAUACACCGCAAGUUGUCUGUCGCGAUGCCUCCGACGGAUUUUUACAUGCAUUUGGCGUCACUGUUGGCUUCGUUGCCUCCUCUGCAGACGGCAGAUGUGCAGCAGCAGCAGCAGCACCCGCUGUUGCUACUGCUCCCUUUGUGGGAGCAGGCGGCGCUGCUCGCUGGGGACAAUACGAGGAAGGACUUCGCUGAAAGCUGCUGCUGCUUGCUGCUACAAAGGGCUCAGAGCCUUCUGGACAAACCACCGCAGCAGGUGGGGCCCCACACCGCUCUUGCUGCUACUCUGCUGCAGCGAGCAGCAGCUGUUGCCGAAGACGCUCUGCAUGCCCUGCAGCAACAUCUGCAGCAGCUCCCCCCGCAGACGCAGCAGCAACAGCAACAGCGGCAGCUGCAGCGAAUAAAAACAGACAUAGAGCAAGAGAUGACGCUCCACUCUGUCGUAGUAUUGCUAUACGACCUUCUACAGCAGCAGCAGCAACAGCAAUGGGCGCUGCCGUCAGCAUUGGGAGCAGCGUCUGCAGCAGCGGCCACUGCAGCUGCAGCUGCAGCUGCUGCCGCAGAGGCGGCAAUCAGCCGCGCUAGAGGCGCAGCCUUGAAUGCAUUGCUGUCCAGUGGAGACACAGACAGCGAAGGCCGAGGCAGUUCAGACUCAGAAGGCCCCUCGAACCAGCAGGCGGCGGCGGCAACAGCAACAACAGCAGGUGGAACAGCAACAGAUGCAGCUCUGAAAGUAGCCGCAGCGAGGGCAACUGCUGCUGAAGCAGCGUGCGUUUUGCUGCAGCUUGCCCAGCCUCCCGUGCUUCGCCAGCAGCUGCGCACAGCGUUUGGGCGGAGGCAGCUGCUCUCGGUCCUGCUGCAGAAGCAGCCGCAGCUAGCGCUGCAACAGCAGCAGAUGAUGAAACAUCUAGGAAAGCUUUUGUCUAUUGAAGCCGAUGAGCAGCAGCAGCUUAUAGACAUUGCAAGAGGCUUUGCCUACAGGGCCCUGGGGGAGAGAGGCGCAGCGACUACGAUUGCUGCAACCCUCCUUGCUGCAGAACUGCACAAAACCAUUGCAGAAACUGCAGCGGGAGUGGGACCUGCAAAGGAAGACGGGAAGAGGAGGGAAUCAUUAGACGAAGCGGACCAGACGACUCACAAGCGCCAGAGGACAGCUGCUUCCACGCAGGGAGAACAGGUGGCACCUGCAGCCGCAAAAACAGUGCAGCAAUAUGCAGCUGCCGCAGCCGCAGCAGCAUGUAGGUUGGCGCGCAGCACAGAACGCCCUUUAUUAGCUUCUUUAGGGGAGGCAGCUGCUGCUGACCUACUGCAUCAGCAAGCACCUCGCCUGGCCAGCCGAGUCGUUGCUGCUGCUGUCUGCAAUGCAGCAGACGAACAGCUCCCCGGCCUUCUUCGCUGUGCUGCUGCUGCUCGUUCAGCCGCUGCCGCUUCUCCAGCCGGAGGAGUAUCACAGCCGCAGGGACGGCCUGCAGGAUGGGAACCAGCUACUGCAGCAGACUUGGUGCCUCCCCCGGAUGCAUCAACACCGGGCGAGGCAGAUAACCAGUCCCUUGCUUUGAAACCUUCUCAAGCGUCGGCUGUUUGGCUGCUAAAUUCGCAAAACUUCCGGCCGCAGGGAAGCAACAGCAACGGCAGUGGCACGGUGCAGUACCAGAUGGCCCGCUCUGUUCUUAAACUUUUGGGCUCUGAGAAGCCAACAGCAGCAGCAGCAGUAGCAGCAGCAGGCAACAUUUGGGGGCCCCCAUCAUUUCUGUUCGUUUCUGCCUUUGAGGCUGCUGGAGGUGCUGUGGCCUCUGCUGCUGCCAGUGCAAAGCAGUUCUAUGCUGCUGCUCUCGCGGCAGACGCUGCAGCAGACGCUCACAUACAGCAACAGCAAGAGCAGCAAAGGCAUCAGCAGCAUCCGGCCAAUACGGGCGGAGCAGCAGCAGAAGCAGCAAGCGCGAGGGCAGUGGCUAGCGCACUGCAUGAGUGGGGAGUGCUCAAGGAGGUGGGGGAGAGCAGCAGCCGGUCUGCCCUGAUAGCAGCAGCAUUUUCCCCCUUAUUAGGGGCACCCAAAGAUUUGCUGCUGCAGCCCAGUAGCUGGGAGCUGGCAGGGGUUCCGGCUGGUGUGGUGGACUGGCAGGCGCUGCUGCGGCGAGAUGUGGCUGUUGCUGUGCUGUUGCUAUCCUCUGCUGGAGUCCCAGCACCUGGAGCAACAGCAGCACCCUUUAGAGCACCUGCCACGCCGCCUGCUGCAGCUAAUGCUGCUAGCUCCGAAGAAUGCAUCAGCGAAGAACUGCUGCUGACUUCUUCUCUCCCUGCCUCGUGUGCCGCUUUGCUGCAGACGCCGGGGCUAACAGCAACAGAACUUCUCCUUGUUGUGCAUCACCUCCUACUGCUGGAGUUGAUGCCGCUCCUGUUGCUUUUAUGCCCUCAAAAUCCCUCGUUGGAGCGGCUGGCUACAGCGCUGCUGCUGCUGCUGCGCUUCCUGAAAAGGGUUCCGCACCCGCGCCAUCUCAGAAUCAGCAACAGUGGCGGUCAGGACAGCAGCAAGCGGGAACUUCCCGUACUCUUGGGAGCCCGUUUAGUGGGGGAUUCUGCCUACAGGCGCGAUACGCUGCUGCAGAUAGGGGCGGCGGAUUCCUCGCUGAUUGACGCAGCAGCUGCAGCUAUGGCUGCUGCUGAGCCCCUCAGCGCACCGCUUAAGUCUCUGCAGCCUCUCGUCCCCAAGAAGGGGCUCUCAUUCUGUAGCAGCAGCAGCACCACAGUAUCACCUCUCUCCGGCACCGUGGGGGCUCACACUGGCCCGCCGCAGCAGCUGCAGCAGCACAGGCAACAGCAGCAAGUACAGCAACAACAGCAUCCCGCAAUGGAGACGGACGAAGAUGCAUCUUCGGCUACUCCUUGCCACUUAACCCCUGACAACAGCGUAGUGAAGAGCUGCGCGUUAGUCAAAGACCCCUCUUGCCUCGCUUCAGCUGAAUCCACAGCUGAAACACCUAAUCAAGACCCUCAGCAGCAUCAGCGGCAAGAGCUACACAGGCAGAUGCAAGAGCCACCGAAGGCAGUGGGGUUUCAACCCAACGCAGAGGUUUCAUUUGACGGGACGGAGAGUAACGAUGCCACAGUCAUAGAGAGCUUGGGAGGGGAAGGCCUGAGUCUGCGGUUGGAGCAUGCAAAGAAGACUUUGCUGCUGAAUGCAACUCCUCUGAAUAUUGCAAUGGCCAGCGAAGCUUCCCCUUCCGUCUCGGUGCUGCUGCGCUGCGCCCCCGCUGCAUUGGGGCUCCUCGUUCUGGACUGUAUGGCUGCCUUGCUUCAAGCAAACAAGCCCCAAACGUUGUCCCUUCUGCACCCCUCUGUGCUGCGGCAGCUCUGUCACCGCGAGGCCCGUCGUGAGCAACAUUCUCCUGCGGCUGAAACAGCUGAUUCAGCGGCAACAGAAACAACAGGAGGAGGAUCAGCAGCCGCAGCAGUGGCAGCAGCAGCAGCAUCGGUGCAAUACAGUUUCUUUGACUCGGUGGGCGACUGCGUCCUCCACCCUCAGGAGUUUCAGCGUCGCAUUCUCUUCAUGCGCCGGCUUUUCGCGUGUUGCGUCUCCGCUCUCCGUUGUGAGCCAGCACUUUUCCUGCUGCCUACCGUCCGCCGUGCAGCAGCAGAAGCAACCGCAGUAGAAGCAGAUCGGACACCAGCAACUACUGAGUCGUCCCUGCUGCGGGUGGCCCGUGUGGCAGUGGAGAGCGCCGGCCUAGGUGCUUUGGCAGACGAAGAAACUCUGGGCGCUUUGCAGCUCAGCAUGUCCUCAUUAGACGCUGCCGCUCUGCUGCUACCGCCUCCCUGUCUGCUCCAAGACGGCAGCGCACUGUCGGGGCCAGCAGACGCAAUACAAAGCGCAACCCCUGCUCACGUGGACGAUCCAUUUGCCGUUAGUUUUGCUGCUGCUGCUGACAGCAGCAACAUCUGCGUGGCCCUGUGUCUGCGGCAGCAAAUGAAGUGCCUGGCUCGGCGGAGUUCAGCCGCUGCCCUUUGCUUCUCUGCACUCGAGAAGCACCUUCAGCAACUCAAGAAGAACUUCUCCGGUCUCUCCUUCCCCGCCUUCGACGUGCUUGAGAACUACGAGUUGCGGCAGACAGCAGCAGAUCAGUGUUCUAAGCGGACAGCAGGCGACGCUGCAGUCUCGCAGCGAACGCCUGAUGCCGCCUGCUCAGUCGAUACUAGCGGAGCUGCCAGUGACAUCGUCUCAUUGCUACUUAAACAGCUGCCCCUCGAGGACUGGGGACGCCUGCUCAUGCACGUCAAGCCUUUAGGGCCUUCCCUCCAGCUUCUCAUUGCGCUUCCCAUGCAUCACCAGCUGCAGCAGCACCAUCAGGGGGGACCGCUUCGCGACGAAAAUCAGCGAAUGCAUUCAGAUGCAGACGAUCUCAGCGGACAUGCUGACAGAGCUGAACUUACAAACAAACUGCGCCAGCUGCUUGACAGGCUUGUCACCAUUCUGCCCUUUGCGGCUUCCUGGGAACAGCGUGUUGGUUCCUCUCCUUCAUUCUUUACUGAGGAGCGCACUGUGCCAGAAGCAGCGGCGGAACUGCUUACAACAGCAACUGACGAGGUAUACAAAGCCUUCAGCGGGACCUUCUGGCGACUCGCCUGCAGACACGCUCUCGCGCACCCACGGCACAGCACAGAGGCAGAAGCGGCCUGCCCCAGGGUUGCUGUUCUCUCAGAUUUGGCUGCCCUCAUAUCUACAGGCUUCUCGGCUUGGCUCCGCUCCCGUUGGCAGUUAAUGCACCAUCAGGAACAGCAGCAACACCUACAGCAGGAGGAGCAUGAGCAAUUCCAGCAGUCAGGGCUGCACGAAUUGCACGACGUGCGUUCUGUGGCGGAUGCAACCCCAGAACUGGUGGAAACAGCCCUUGACAAACUCUUGCAACGUACAGCCUACGUGCCGCUGAAGAGCACUUGCGAAUCCCUCGCCUUUGCGUUGUUCGUGCUGCAACAAAUAACCCGGGAUUCCGCUCCCUACAAAACAACAGCUUGCGACAGCAGUGUCUGGGAAUCGGCAGAACUUCUGACGCACAUUCGACUUUUCCAAGUGCUUGUGGGACACACGCGAUCGCUGCGCAAUACUCUGGAAGUCCUCGAUGCUGAGCAGCAAGCCAGCAUGGAUUCCCUAGCAGCGAAUUGCUUCAAGACUACAUCAGAGCUUCUGCAAAUCCAAGAGCGAUGCCUCGACAGACUGGCCGUGUACGCUCUCUUUCCUGAUAAGAAGGACAGGAAGGUGUGCAGCACUCUCCUAAACGUGCGUACGGCGGAUUCCGGAGAUUGCAAAGAGCCGGACGUUGGUAACUUCGUCCUGCGAGUCAUCGAAACAUUGAAUGUACAAGGCAAUGCAUUUACCACUUCCCGAGCGUCUGUACGGUCGCGCUGUGCUGCUCUUCUUCUGUGGAGAGGCGAGCGGAGCUGUGGGAAUCAAUCUUUCGGAGCUAAUGCCAGUGCCAUGCGCUGGAGUCCCCUCUGGAGUGACUCAGUUUUGCAGUUGCCUCAAGAAAUUCGACAGGAUUCUGCUCCUCCCGAGACUGGGGUGCAGCGCACCACCGAAAGCAAAGCGUGGAAUGCAUUGCUUGAUACAGCGGAAAGCAUUGAGGACGUCAUGAUCCUUCGGCUACUGUCUGGAAAGCAUGUUGCUGACAAUGCUCAUCUAUACUGGGAAGGGCAACAAUCGCCACUAUUAAUGUUGAUGACGUGGGAUGCACAGUUGCAUGUGUCGGCAGUUAAGCGGCUCCUGGAAAAGUCUCAAAUCAGCGGCGCAUCCAAUAGGCGCAGUCAUUCUGGAUGUGUCUCUCUCCCGGGCUUGCAUUCACAGUUGGACGUCACCAAUUCCAGUGUCGAUAUGCUUCAGUUGGCCCAUGCAUUCGCAGCUGCUUGCCUUCUACUACUGACUGGACAAGCUUGCGCCUUAACCAACACUACAUUUUUCCCCUUUGUUAUGGAGCUUCUAGAGGAAGAUCUCUGGUGGGAUGACACUUCCAGAGAUACCCACACAGCCACCGCGACAACUCAAGACCACAAUGCUUCUAAAGCGGCAGGAUAUUGGAUACAGUCCAUUCAGCGCUUUCUGCUCAAAUGGUGGAUUAGAGGUUCGGGGGAACUGGAGGCUUCGCAGAAACAGAAACGAGGUAUCAGAGACAUAUGCGCAGAAAACGAAGUUUCCAUGUUUCAGGUUGUCGAAUACCUCUCAACGUUCAUACUACCGCCUAGAGGUGUACACAAACUCGUUGAAAUUUCGCAAUACUUAUCCCUCGUCUACCCUUCACCGAUUUGCUUCCCUCAAGAAUCCAAGAACGACCGAUACCACGGAUGCCCGAAUGGUAAUUUCUUCCACGACAUAUCCGUCGGGAGUAUGGAAUUAUCAGUCGCUUUCGGGCAGUCAAGUUGCAAGAAGUGCAGACCUAGCUGUGACAUGUACCUUGAAUUUGUGCCUGGUCAAUAUCGGGCGUCAGUGCAACGAUAUCUUGCACAACGCUUCAACUCUACUCGUAUGCCAAAAGCAUAUGUCAAGGAUCUAGAAUGUUUCUUGCUCAGGGCAUCGACGGCAAUUCGGCAGCAACUCUCCAUGGCACUUUAG